GGCCGCGUCCCCGUUCGUUGCAGCCUGUGCUCGUAGUCUCUCUCCCCGCUGAGCUCUGCUCUGCGCUGCAAUUACUUAUUCUUGCUCUAUUACGACGUAUAUUCAAGGCUCAUUUUUUCCUAUUCCAACCAACUCAUCAAUAUGUCCGACUCGAAGGUAUUGCACCUCGUUAUACGUCGCAUUGCAGACUGGUCUCUAUGGUCGUUCUUCACGGAAGUACGUGUAAUUGGAGGGGAGAACGUUCCGGACGAUGGACCGCUCAUUAGUUGCACUGCCACCCACCAUAACAUGAUGAUUGACCCUGCUAUCCUUUCUUCCAGCUUCCCACAUAGGCGUAUUCUGCACUACUGGAGUAAAGCGUCACUUUUUGCGAACCCAGUCCUUUCUUGGGUUCUUCAUUCGUCUGGUAAUAUUCCUGUAGACCGAAGGUCGAAAGACCGUCAAGUUCUCUUCCGGGGAACCUUCGAAGCCCUCGCACGGGGCGAUGCAGUUGCGCUGUUCCCGGAGGGCACGUCGUACACAGAGCCGAGGAUCAUGCAAGCGCUAGAAUACACCAAGUGGGCGGCGGAGAACGGAGUGAAGGGGCCCGGGGUCCAGAUCAUCCCUGCCGCUAUCGUGUAUACGAAUAAGUCGAAGUAUAGAAGCAGCGUACGGAGAUAUGCCUGUGCUGAUGGCGUAAAUUUAUCUGAUAGGUUCGGUGACCCGCUUUCGAUGGAUGAGUACAAGGAACAGUUCUUUUCGGAUCUAGAGGGGGCGCCACGCGCAGCGGCAAAGCGCCUCACACGUGCAAUUGAAAGGGAGCUCGUCGAGGCAACCAUCAACGCUCCUGACUGGGAUACCCUUUACAGUGCCCGAAUGGCAAGGGACCUUCUCUGGGAGGACGAGCGCUCGAUCGACCUCGAGGAAUUUGUCACGAUUUCACAGACUCUAGUUGAUCUUUUUUCCACGACGGACGCCACUGCAAACUUCUCGACCGUUCGGCGUCAUCUUUUGGGGUAUUAUUCACUUCUUCAAUCUACUAAUCUCACAAACUCCGUCUUGUCUUCGCUUCCACUUCCGCCAACGCUAUCUCCAUCUCACCCAACUCCCCUUCCUUCACGCUUGCUGACACUCUCCGUCCUUAUUCGCGAUACGCUUUCUGUCCUCAUUCGCCUUCCCUUCUUCCUCUUUCCGCUUUUACUUCAUGCACCGGUAUAUAUCAUGGGUCGAAUUGGAGCUCGUUUGGUCGAGCACGAAGAGGAGACUCAGGCACAGAACAAAGCCGUUUUCGGCUUGUUAUCGUGCAUGAUGAUUUACCCUGCUAUGUUCUGGGCACUUUGGGCGAUGUUCUGGUAUACAGGCACUGGCGCUCUCGUGGCAGCGUUCACAGUCUGGGCAUUUGCAUAUUAUCAUAACAGGUUGAUCAAUGGCACCCUCAAGCGCGUGAUCGCAGCAUGGCGCGUUCUUGUCGGUGUCUGGGCACCAAGGAGAUGGGAACUUUCUCUUUCUGCACUUUCUCAAUAUACAACCCCGCUGGUGCCCCCUGAGAACCCUUGGAUCGACAAGAACCGUGCAAACUCCUCCACUCCGGGAACGCCACGCUCCUUACCGACGCAGAUUACUGACGAGCCGCCUGUCAAGAGCGCACGCCGCCGAAGGCCUCCGUCGAGAAGAAUUAUGAAGCAUCUACUCCGGGCACGUGGAGAGGCCGUGAAGGCCCUUGCUGGGUUCCUGACGACCUUAGAGGCAAGCGGAGAGAGCAAGAACGUGAACGCGAGCAUCCACUUGGCAAAGAGGUUCGGCUGGGUUGAAGAAAAUUCAAUCACCUCUGCAUCUGACAACGGGGGAGAUGGCGAGGUGUUAUCUGACGCCAAGGGAUACAGGCAAGCGCGCGAGGUGAUCGCAUUUCUUCGUGUACGUGGUGCGAAGAUCGCAACUUUGGAUAGGAAAAUCGAGGGAGACUGGGUACUCAGCAGUGAUGAAGAUGGCACUGCGGGUGAAAGUGAGAAAGGUGAGGAUGAGGAAGACUUGGUAUGGGUGCCGAGCAGCAUGGGGCUCAAACAGGAGGACGACUAGUUUACGAAUGGGACGUGGAUGAUCGACGGAUGAUGUGUAUGGACUUCACAUUUGUUCGAGGGUUCUUUGCCUUGCCUCACUUUGGGCUGCUAGAGUUUGCAUUCUAAGAUGUCACCCUCAUUACUGGACUGCGCUUUGAUGUCCCCGUUUUCGAAGAUAGUACUACAGGCAGACGACUGUCAGGAUCGCCCUUCGUUUCACCCUGCUGGGAGCUUGAAGACAUGUUCCAAGCCCUGAAGAUCUUCUGUGUGUGGU